UUGUACACAGCAGACCCGACAGUGGCAAGCACCAGCUGGUCGGAGUGCUGUUGUUGGUAAAUAAAGUGUCGCACACUGCGUAGCGAUUUGAAAAGUAGGCUUUAUUUUUGCUUCUGAAGCAGAAAUGCCUUCGCUUUCAGAAGCAAUUCACAAAAAGUACGGGAAGGAAGAUGCUCAGAAUGUUGAGUUUGGCUUGCCUAUUGAAAUAUAUGUGCCCAAAACAAACCCAAGGAAUUGCAUGCCUUCUCUCCUGGUGCUGAAUGAUUGUGAUAUUGAAAGUGCUGGAGACGAGGAAGAACUGGAUGAAAUGUGCCAAAUUGUUGAAGACUUGGACCUUGCACAAAAUAAACUGGAAAAAUGGAGUGAGAUAUUUGGAAUCCUAACUCACAUGCCGAGACUCAAGUUUGUGAACUUGAGCUUCAAUAACCUCCACAGUGAAAUAUUAACAACUAGCACUCAAAACAUAUUUCCAUUUUUAAGAAACCUUGUUUUAAACGGCACAUUGAUUGAAUGGAAAAGUGUUAGAACUCUCCUGAGACUCCUGCCGAGCCUGGAAGAGCUCCACCUCAGCCUCAACGCCUACAGCUACGUGGACCUGGACCCCGCGCCCUACGCCACCCUGCGCCGGCUGCACUUCAUGGGCAACCCCGUGCACACGUGGCUGGAGGUGUGCAAGCUGGGGGCUGUGUUCCCCGAGCUGGAGUCCCUGGUGCUGGCCGACUGCCCCCUGGCGUCCCUGGACGUGCCCGAGGAGCGGGAGGCGUCCCCCGGGGGCCGCACCGAGAGCGAGAGCGAGCUGUGCCAGUGCGUCACCUGCCCGCACGCCUGCUUCGCGCGCCUGCACUUCCUCAACCUCAACAACUGCCUGCUGAGCUCCUGGAGCGAAGUGGAGCGCCUGAGUCGCUUCCCCGCCCUGCGCCAGCUGCGUCUCUCCGGCUGUCCUCUCUUCGAGGAUUACACAGAGCAGGAGAGGAGGCAGCUGCUCAUCGCACGGCUGCCCAACGUCGAGGUCCUGAAUGGGGGAGGAGUCAUCACGGACGAAGAGAGGGAAGAUGCGGAGAGGGCGUUCAUACGGCACUACAUGGACAAACCUGAGUCGGACCGACCGGAGCGGUACGGCGACCUGGUGUCGGUGCACGGCCAGCUGCAGCCGCUGGUCAGCAUCGACCUCAGCCCCAAGAAGAAGGUGCGCAUCACCUUCAGGUGCGGGGAGCGAGCGGACGUGCGCUGCAUCAGCGUGUACCAGACCGUGCAGGAGCUCAAGCACCGGCUGGAGGAGUUCUCCGGCAUCUGCACGGCCAAGAUGCGCCUCUUCUACCUGGACCAGGACCUGAGGGCCGUGCCGGGCUGCCAGGAGGAGAUGCGCUUCCCCACGCGCCAGCUCUACCGCUACAACAUGGCCUCCGGCGACGAGAUACUCGUCGAGAGCAAGCCGUGAUACGCCUCCGUGCUGCGUCGCCUGUUGUUUUCUUCUUUAUAACAUUUUACAACUGUAAUUGUUUUUUUGAACAAAGAUUUUCUAGCUCAUAUUAAAGACGUGUUGUUGGUUUUUGGGAUUGGUAAUCGUGAGAGAGGACUGUUUAGGGUUUCGAAAGGAAUUUCUAAUCAUUUGUUCGUGAAGUAUGGCUCACUUGUGGUUCUAAAGUAUAUUCCACUUACAUGACCAAAUCUUGUCUUUGAGCUAAUCUAGCACUUGAUCCACUCUCAUGGUGCAAUUUUGAGUUGUGACUCAGUUAUAAGGAUGUGUGUGUGGAAUAUGUUGCAUAUUGCAGCCUCCGGCAACAACUUGUUUUAAAACCCGUGUGUUGUGGGCCGAAGAACCGGGGGUCCAGUGGCAGCUUGCGACGCCGCAGUACAAGCCCUUGUGCUGACGUUUUGUUCAUAUGUAUACACGUAAAUGUUAGUUUGCUUUAGCACGUGCUGUGGUAACACAUAUUAGUUGAUAUUCCUUCUAGUCUACUUACAAUAAUGUGAGUUUACCUUGUUUUCUCACUGCAUAUUAUUGCUUUGAAUAUAAGGGUGUGUACAGUAUUUUGUGAGGCCCUCUUCAUUGGCAGUUUGUACAGAAAUAUGCAUGAAGCUUGUAAUGACGGCAGGAGUUAGCGCUGUGUCGUGGGUGCUGGUAGAGACUCGCUGCCACAGGUAGUCUGGCCAGCUGAAGCACACAGGGACGUGUAGGGGAAGUAUUUAAUGUUCCCAGGACAGAAACAAAAUAGUGAGAACUUGGAUUCUGUGCUCUGGCUGUAAUGAGGGACAAGAUUUUGUGUUUUGUUGUGAUAACAUUGAAAUAAUACAGAAAAGCAUUUAAAUACACUAUGCAACACUCAGAUGCAACUUAAAUCAUUAAAUUAGUCAGGAUAUUUAAAAAAGAAACUCAAAACACAUACAUUCUGAGUAGGUGCUUGUAUGUUAGACAUGCUGAUUAAAAAUUAUUUUAUUAUUAAAAUGCAUCAUGUAUCAGAAACCAAAAUACACUCUUUUGAUUACGUAAAUACAUAUGAAGAAACAUGUUUCAUAUUUUUUGAAAAAUUCUCUUUAAGUUUAUAAUAUUUAUAUAAUUUAUUAUACAUCUAUAAGAAUAAAAAACAAUAACAACAAAAUCUCCUGUUUUAAAAUUAAAUUAGGCUAAAAAUAAAAUUGCAAAAUCUUGUCUAGCUAUAACACUAUAAGCCAUCCUUGGACCAUAUUGCACACAUCUUGAAAUGUGGCAGAUGUAAUACAAUAUGUUAGGGAAUUAAAUUCUGUAUAUUUAAAGCCUGUGAAAAUAGAGAUGUGAGAACACAUCAUAAUGAAUUGAGUUUGAUUUGAGAUCCUGUUAAAGGUUUUUAAGUCCAGUUGCCAGUAAUAUGUACAUAUGUUUGUGUGUUCCAAUUUUAUAUAAAAAAAUAUAUAUUUUAAUUGUGGUAUACAAUUUUAUAAAUCAGAUUUAUUUAGUUAUUUAACUUACCUUUGAUGCUAACAGAUAUUAUCUUUGAAAGAUUUGUGCAAUGGGAGUGCAUGACUUGAUGUAAGCUUUUGGACAUACGCCAUUGCUAAGCACAUGUAUGUCUGUAGAAGAAAACUACAAAAAACCAAAAGACAAAAAACACAAAUUAAGCAAAAAUUGCUGUUGUCAACAGGAUAUUCCAUAACAGUAAUAUGGUCAACAAACAAAGAAAAAUGGACUUAGAGAAUGAAAAAACCACCACAAAUGAUGAAUUUAACCCCAAAAAAAUUCAGCACAGCAGUUGAAAUGAGACAAAAACACAACAAAACGAAAAGAUGAAACAAACACAAUAGUUUUCCAAAACAGAAAACAAGCCAGCACAACAGUUGAAACGAGACAAAAACACAAGACGAAAAGACGAAACAAACACAAUAGUUUUUCAAAACAGAACUAUUGCAGGGUGUAUACCAAGUCCCAAAAGCAAAAAUCAGUGACUUUUUGGGACCUUUUAAAAAAAAUUUAUGACUGAAAAUUUUUCAAGGUUAUGCACUAUCAUCUAACCUAAAUAUUCUAUAUUAGGCUAUUUACCAACACUAAAAACAGUUUAUACACUUUUAUUGAGUUUUAUCAAUUCAUUCUCUAUUUCUAAUAAUUCUCCUUUUUUUUCUUCAAGCAAUUUUUCCUUUUUCAUUUCGAGUAAUUUGAUUUCAUGUGCAGCUCUUUUUCCUGCAUUUAACACCUCAUCCUGUUCGUUAUGUUUCCUUCUUAGGUCUUCCUUCCGUCUUGCUGAGGCAUUGCGAAAUUCCAAAAUCAUAUUUUUUUGUAAUCUGAUCCGCAAGAGAAGAAAUGCCCUCUUGAAAAACCAAAUUAAUCAAUAAUUAAAAUAGUUAAGUAAAACAUAUUAGGUAACUGUACUGCAAUAUAACACAAUCUGAAUUGUAAGUACUCCCACCCUAGCCCAAAACAAAUUAGUCCAAAGUUAAAAUACUCACCUGGAAGUGAAAAUAUAUGAUCAUGAACCAGUCUUUGCGCUACAAAAGAUUUCUCUUUUAAGAUUUUCAACCAAACAAUCUUUGUUAAAAUAGAAACUUCUCUCUACCGCUGCAUUUCCAUGGAAACAAAUCAAGAAGCGUUGGAAAAAUAGGAUUAAUUGAACAUAUGCAUCUUGCAUAAAUGAGUUGAUCAAAUUAAAAAUGAACUUGUCAAGGCUUUCCUUUUUCCAGUUGAAACAUUUUGCAGCUUUCAAAACCUCAGGAUGUUCACAAAACCUUGUGAACUCUCUAAGAAUAAUCUCUCCAUCAGCAGGUGCCAACUGAUUGUGUGAGAUGAGUUCCUGAAUGGCAACUUUAGCUCUAAGAGCUCUAACCGAGUCUCUAACCAUUACUGAAAGAGACAAGCAAGAUGAGCCCAAUACAAUCCUCUUUCUCAGAGGACUCUUUUCAUCAAAUAAAGGAAGAAGAGGAUAAUUUCUCUGGAAAUUUGUCAGAAAUUCUUCCAGCUCUUUCGCAAUCAUAGCUGAAAAAUGCUGUUUAGCUUCCAGAACUGAAUCUUCUAACAAAACUUUUUUCACAAUGCCAAGGUUCUGGGUGUUGGGAGGGUUUUUCUCCAGCUCUUUGUCUGUUAGGUAUUUUUUCAGAAAUGGAAUCAUUUCCAGGCAUCUCUUGAUUACAGGGGAGUUUUCAGUCCACCGCAUAGCACAAAACUUUUUUUUGAAAUACUCUGGAACCAGUAAUCUGAGAAUAAGCAGCACGCCGAGAUGGAUAAUUCUUAAAAAGUUGAUACAAUGCUCUAAGAAACUUUGUAUGUGCCGUUUUGUAGGCACCAUUAACUAUGGGCAAUGGUUCCUUUUCAGUAUCAAGCGUACUCUUCAUGUAACUUGAGAUAAGAAAUCAACUUUUUUUUGUAAACACACGUCCAGAAAAUACUUCUAAAUCUUACAGAAACACUUGAUACUUUUUAUCUGUAAUCUUUUACGCAGAAAACUUCAAUUAACCAAUACAUUACAUUGUAUAUCCUUUUACUGCAAUCAUAAAAACGUUACCGAUUAACUGCAUAGCCAUCACGUACAACACACGCUCGCGGCACAAUAUUGUCAACAAAAAGAUACACUACCCAUCAUGCCGCGUAAAGCGAGACACUUGCAUGACGAAACAUAAUUGAUGUUUACAUUCUUUGAUUACGGUAUUUGUUUACAUAGAGUAGGUUAGUUUCCGCUAGUUGAAAAAAGAAUGAAAAUUUCAAUAUAAAAUUAAGCGUUAACGUAUGAUAAAAGAAAAAAAUACAAAACAAGCACCCGUAGUUAUAGACUAGAAAUUAUUAUUUCUACUACGAAAAAAUAGUCACCCAUAUGGCCACUUUCGUGACUUAUCCGUGACAUCCGUGACCAUGUGUUCAAUUCCGUGACUUUUCCGUGACAUCCGUGACCGGUAGACAGCCUGUAUUGUGUUUGUUUCGUCUUUUCGUCUUGUUGUGUUUUUGUCUCGUUUCAACUGUUGUGCUGGCUUGUUUCUGUUUUGGAAAACUAUUGUGUUUGUUUCGUCUUUUCGUUUUGUUGUGUUUUUGUCUCGUUUCAACUGUUGUGCUUUAAUUUUUUUUGGGGUUCAAUUCAUAAUUUGUGUUUUUUUUUUCGUUCUUUAAGUCCAUUUUUCUUUGUUUCUUUUUGUUUGUUGACCAUAUUACUGUUACGGAAUAUUAUGUGGUGUAAAUAUCCUGUUGACAACAGCAAUUUUUGCUUAAUUUGUGAUUUUUGUCUUUUGGUUUUUUGUAGUUUUCUUCUACAGACAUACAUGUGCUUAGCAAUGGCGUAUGUCCAAAAGCUUACAUCAAGUCAUGCUAACAGAUAUCCUGAUGUUUAUAGACAUUGCCAUGGCUGUGCUUCUUUUGAGGCAACUUAAUUGUCAUAUUAAAGAUUUGUUUGCGAUUUUAACAUAAAAUGAUCCGAAUCAAUGGUUUCAAUGUUUGAUUCUUGAAUUCCAAUUUCUAACACUGUAAUUGACAAAAUAAAAUAUUUUAAUUUUUUUAUACAUUGUAUUGAGUUUCGAUUUGGGACUCAACUCUAGCUGUUUGCACGUCCCUACCUGUAACCAUUUAAUUUAAUGUUUGUAAAAUCUGUUUGGUGUAAAGUAGGCAAUUUUACUGAAGUUGUAACAUUUUCUCGUUGAUGGCAGUGUGAAACAUUUACUAUUAAUAGUACAAAACUUGAUGGUCAUCAGAGAAUGCAUGUGUUAGCUUACAAUAUGCCUUUCAAAUGUUGUUAAAGACUGAUCACCAUGAGUGCAAAUGUGAACGAAGAUGAAUAUGACAUGUCUGCAUGAAAUAUUUCUUCAAGUUUACGUAUGUUGAGUUCGUGAAUAAUUUGACUGGUUAUAUCAUGUUAACUUGAAUGGUGUACUUGAACAGGUGUAAGAUGGCUGCCAAAGCCAUCUUGCUAUCUGGAGCAUGGUGAAGGUGUCAGCACGAAUACACAUUAGAUGUCUGUUGGCUAGUGGGACAGCGGCACUGCGUGAGUUAGUAACAUGUACCGUACUGUUAACUCAUCUCUCUGUUUAUUUGCUGUUGCUGUUCAUUGUGGACUCUCCAGCCAGGAGACGCUGAUCCCUCCUUUCAAAUUCUUUCCUUUUCGGGGGGAGUACCCCUGUUCCCAGCAUCACUUUUACGCUGUCUUACCGAGCGGUUUCCUCGUGAGGUAUUCUGGACGGUCGAAAAUAACUGUCAGGUUCAUUUAGAUCAUCCAGUAGAUAUUUGCAGACACACUUGCAUAGGGAUAUUGGAAAAGUUAGACAGUGCUGGAUGUAGUUGGAACUAGAAUUUAGAAGCAUUUCACCACACAUGUUGCGUGUCUUGUAAAUGAAUGUCGUCCAACACAGCAGAAUAGUCUGAUCAUCAUCCUAAACUGGUAUAAAAAUAACUUGUUAGAACUGCAUGUAGCGUGCCUUCUCAUACAAUUCCAGUAUUUUAUAAAACCAUCCUCAAGGUCACUAUUCCAAAAUUUAAAGAGUGAAAAUACAGGAAACAUACUUUUAAAUUAAAACAGUGCAAUGCAAAAAGUAUGUAAUAAUGUGGGGGAGUUUAACAUUUCAGUAUAUGGCUGUGUUUUUCCUGAGAAACAAUAUCCGUGAUAAGCAAGUUCUGAUGCGUUCUAUUCAUUUGUCUGAAAAAUUGUGGUUUUUUUUUAUUGUGCACCACUGUACAGGAAAAAUUUAGUUUUAAAGGCAACGUGGUGUGAGUUUAUUGUGAUGGCCAUCCAGAAAAUGGAGCUCCUUUUAACCCUUUUAGCCACACAUUUUCAGUUCCGUAGAUACACCUUAGGUAUUUAAAUUUUUUUAUUGUAACUAAAUGUUUAUUUUUUUUUUUUUUAAUUUUUGUGUGGUAAUAAUAGUACACUAUAAUUUAAUAUGCAUGUAUAAUUAUUUUAUAAUUAAUAAAAGUAAAAUAAAAUUUAUUAAUUUCAUAGCUAUAAAGUAUGAUGUCCACUAGAAUGUAGGUACUCCUUAAUCCACAUAUUCAAGGUAUGAUAAACUCCAUGUAUCAUUGAGAUAUAAAUUGUCCACUUCAGUGAACAAAUAGACUAAAAGGGUUAAUAGGAACUGCUAAUACACCUCACAAGAACAUUAAAACAAAUCCCUACCAUCUGUGUAAUUAAAUACCCAAGUUACAGUGUUUUAUCGCAUAAUCGUCUCACAUUUUACACUAAAAUCAAGUAUGAAAAGUAGGGAUGUGACUUUUAUGAGAAGAAAAAAUUUUUUUGUAAGGUAAAGUUAUUCAUAAAAACCAAACCCAUUCAUGGAAACUAAGUUCAUUUAAAAAGUAGAAUAUACAAAAGCACGCCAAACAAUUUAUACAUAUUACAUACUAAGUCAUGCAACAAAAACCUUUCUUCAACUUUAAAUAGAAAAACAAUUUGUGACCCGAAUGCGAGCCUGAACUAACACAUAACUAUCGUUGUAGUACACACUCAAAUGUAGUUAACUUGGCACUUGACAGAGAGCGGGCAGUGCAUGCAAUCGGCGAGAUAUCAAUAUUCGACUACGUGUGCCUGCUCUAUACGCUCUAUACCAAACAUGAAUGAUACCAACUAGCGCUGGCUAUAUUUUUAUUAGCGGUACACUGCGGCGACUCACAGAUAAAGGUUAUAACGUUUAAAAAAGUCUUUAAAAGAAAAUUUACACAUACCAGACUGCCUAUUUCAACACUCAGUGGCUGUUUCUGCAUUUAUUUGUUAAUGUUUAUAAAAACUCAUUCAUGAAAAGUACUAAAAUUAUUUACCCUUUUUGAAGUGGCAGUCUUAUGCUGUAUUUUUUUGAUUUAAACAAUCCCAUAGAUUUUGCCCUAAAAAUAGAUGUUUAAAAAAAAAAUUCCUACCAUAGUUGGCAUAAUCCGUGAAUCUGAAUACAGGAGUAACCACCACGUGAGGUUCAAUGCUCUCAAGAUUUUCAGGAAACAGGUUUUUUUUUUAUUUGAAAUAUUUGGGCAUAGGUAUGCCGUAUUUGCUCACGUAAAGGCCCCGCCCGCGUAUACUCCCCCCUCCUUUUUGAGAAAAAAAUUUAAAAACGUGUUUUUCUGGGUUUAUCUGAGGGCAGGGCAGCUUGGCAUGCAUCAAACAGCAAGCCAUGUAUUGUGAGCGGCAGUGAUACAGAGACUGGCAUUAUAGUUUGUCCGCUCUCAGUAGGACUGUCGUGAGGCGUGACAGACGUACGCAGUUAGUCGUAUCUCAAACGACAUAAAGAUAAAAAAAAGCUUGGUUUUUUUUUUUUUUUUUUUUUUCCUAACCUAAGUUAAAACUAUGUGUGUAAGGGAGGGUUCUAGGUACGGAAGACUCUAAGUGCGGCUCAGGGCAAGCCCUAUACGCUCUAAACAUGCGGGUUUUUAACCAUGCUGAGAAGGUCACGUGCAUCAUGUGCUAGGAGGGGAUUGGCCAGCCAUGGCAGACAUUUUCGCCAUGGCUAUCUCCCCUCACUCUUAAUUCUAGACUAAAACUAGAUAAGUUGGGCCCAGGUAAAACCUCCAUAGACAGAGGGAAAACCCUGGGCACAUACAUUUGGGAUGCAAAGGUCAUGCAUUAUUACAAGCAGGUGGAUUACAGGAAUAGGAUGGUCCUGGAAGAAGAGUGGGGCGUGGUAGAAGUUCUACCAUGCAAGGGGUGGGGCACUUGGACUUUUAGUCCGCAUUGGUUUGGUCAGGUCUGGUCUUUUGGGGGCGGCUUAUGCCGUUUCCCGUCGUGCUGCCAGUUAGCACUCAUUGUGGCUGUGUAAUAUGAUCGUGUAAGUGGGGCGGUCGCGAACUGUGGCGUCGGACUAAAGAAAGCUGGACUCGCGCGUUUGUUUUGAUGUGCAGUGUUGUCGGAGAAGAAGAUGGGAAGUGGAGGAAGGGAAGUGGUGUCUGGUUGGCUGGCUGGCAGGAGGGAGGUUAAGCCACGCCUCUGCCUCUCUCCCCUCCUGGCGCACCGCUGCCACUACCCCCUGCGGACUCGCUGCUUCUCUCUCCCUCCUGCCGUGUCGCUGCCUCCCCCACCCUCCCUCAUUAGAACAAAGAGGCAUGACUUGACAGUCGUUCCGCCAGCUGUUUCAUUUCAUCAAAAUUUAAUUGGCGUUUAAAUAAGUUGUGGUGGUAUUUCAUUCUGCUUUUAUUAAAUGUUAGUUUUUCAUACCUGAAAAAAAAAAAUCUAUUUUUUCCUCCAAAUUCGCAUAUAGGCCCCCUCCCCUUAAUUUGGAGUCGAAAAUUUGGAAGAAGAAAAAGGGGGCGCCUUUACACAAGUAAAUACGGUAGUUUAUUUGUUUUGUAAAGAUACUGUGUAUACUAUAGUUAUUUUUUCACAAAACAUCUUGUCAUUGGAAAAAUUGCCAAUCAUUAAUAUAAAAUUUAAAAAAAAAUCAGGAUAACAUUAUAAAGGGACAAUUGUGCUACAUAUACACCAUGGCAAUACUUUUUGACAGCCCCUGGCAAGACCACGCACAUAGAGUAUUGUCUGAUGAAGUGUGGCACGUUAUGGAGUGAGUUUCAAGCUUGCACUUGGACUGUCCAGGGCUAACUUUGUUUAGUGCUGAACUGCCAGGUAAGAAUGGUUAGUUCACCAACACCUCACUGACAGUGUACUGCUAGACAUGUUUGAUAGCCAGUAACCACAACAGGACUCAAUGCAAUUGUUUUACUACAUGAAUUUCAGAACAGAGAAUCAUUAAUGUUUAAGUUCCAUAGACAUGUGUACUUAAUGUGUUCUAAUUGACCAAAUGUGUGCUAAGUUUUGAAGAUAAUAACCUUGUAAAGAAAUUGGUUCAUGUGUUUUAUUUUUGUGAUGUUUAAAUUUCAUUAUUAAAUUUUUGUCAAACAA